GGCUCGCUCAACAACUCUACACAAACCAGGGAUGCAGCGAGCGCGCGGCGCAGCCUGAAAAAUGGCACCACUCGUCCCUUGGAUUUAUCCAUCCCUUUUUCUUUUCUCCCAUUUGCUUUUUAACGCACCAUGCGAAGGCUUACGGAAUUACCUGGAAAAUGAGGUGACUCUGUUGGAUUCCAUGUCUGCUCUGGGAGACCUUGGAUGGGAGGCCUACCCUGCCGAGGGGUGGGAGGAGAUCAGCGUAAUGGAUGAGAGGAACAUUCCGAUGCGGACCUACCAGGUGUGCAAUGUGAUGGAGGCCUAUCAGAACAACUGGCUCAGAACGAGGCACAUCGCCCGUGACGGGGCCCAGCGCGUCUACAUUGAGAUCAAGUUCACCCUCCGAGACUGCAACAGCUUGCCGGGAGUACCUGGCACCUGCAAAGAGACAUUCAACAUGUUCUACUAUGAGUCCAACAAUGUCAACCAGUGGUACAUCAAGGAGAGUAAUUACAUCAAAAUAGACACCAUCGCUGCUGAUGAGAGCUUCACACAGGUCGAUGUUGGAGACCGUGUGAUGAAGCUGAACACAGAGGUGCGUGACAUCAGUAACCUGAGCAAGAAGGGGUUCUACCUGGCCUUCCAGGACCUGGGGGCUUGCAUCGCUUUGGUCUCGGUCCGUGUCUUCUACAAGAAGUGUCCCCUCACCGUGCUCAACCUGGCUCAGUUCCCUGAUACCGUGACAGGGGGCGACUCGGCCCUAGUCGAGGUCAGAGGGGUGUGUGUCAACGCCUCGGAGGAGUUUGAGGCUCCCAGGAUGUACUGCAGUGCGGACGGGGGCUGGCUGGUGCCCAUUGGGAGGUGUGUUUGCCAGCCGGGAUAUGAGGAGCAGAUGGAUGUCUGCCAACCGUGUAAACCGGGCUUCUACAAGGCCUCAGCGGCGGACGCCUACUGCGCAAAAUGUCCACCGCAUAGCUCCUCCCACCUGGAGCGAGCCUCGGAGUGUGUUUGUGAGAAAGGCUUCCACCGCGCUGAGACGGACCCACGCUCCAUGUCCUGCACACGUCCCCCGUCUGCUCCGGAGAACGCCAUCUCAACUGUCAACGAGACGUGCGUAACACUAGAGUGGAGUCCCCCUCGUGACACGGGAGGUCGGGGUGACAUCACCUAUAGUAUCCACUGCAGGAAGUGCUCCGGGGAAAACGGGAAGUGCUCGUCCUGUGGCAGCGGCGUCCAUUUUGUGCCCCGGCAGUUUGGUCUCUCUGCAGCUAUGGUGAUGGUCACUGACCUGCAGCCACACAGCAACUACAGCUUCACCAUCGAGAGCCUGAAUGGAGUGUCUGAUCUGAGUCCUUCACCUAGAGCAGCUGUGAUGGUUAAUGUCACCACGAGCCAGACAGUCAGUGUGGUUUUGAAGGAGAGAAGGAGUAAGGACAGUGUGACUCUGGCGUGGCAGGGCCCUGACAGACCCAGUGGAGCCAUAGUGGAGUAUGAAGUCAUCUACUAUGAAAAGAACCAGAGAGAACAGAAUUACACCGUUUUAAAGACCAGGUCCAAUGUGAUGACUGUAGAUGGUCUUAAGCCUGGGACUACCUACGUUUUCCGUGUCCGAGCCAGAACUCCGGGAGGUUAUGGUUCCUAUGGGGGAGAGAUAGAACUAGAGACCAGCCACGAAGACAUGUUGGCCAUAGGAGACCCCAACCAGUCAACCAUCCUUGCUGUGUCCAUCGCUGGAGGCAUCAUUCUGCUCAUCUUCCUGGUUGCUUGCUUCGUCGUUAGCGGCAGACACUGUGGAUACAUCAAAGCCAAGCAAGACCCGGACGAGGAGAAGAUGCAGUUUCAACAUGGACGAGUGAAACUCCCUGGCAGUAAGACGUAUAUCGAUCCUCACACCUAUGAGGAUCCGAACAAGGCUGUCAGGGACUUUGCCAAAGAGAUUGAGGCCUCCAGCAUCCGCAUAGAGAGAGUCAUCGGAGCGGGAGAGUUUGGGGAGGUGUGUAGCGGCCGUUUGCGUCUCCAGGGAAAGAGGGAGAUCUACGUGGCCAUAAAGAGUCUGAAGGCAGGAUACUCUGACAAGCAGAGGCGGGACUUCCUCUCAGAGGCCAGCAUCAUGGGACAGUUUGACCACCCAAACAUCAUCAGACUGGAGGGCGUGGUCACACGAUGUAAACCAGUGAUGAUCAUCACAGAGUUCAUGGAGAAUGGCUCCCUGGAUACCUUCCUGAAGAAACAUGACGGUCAGUUCACGGUGAUCCAGUUGGUGGGUAUGCUGCGUGGCAUCGCGUCGGGCAUGAAGUACCUGUCUGACAUGGGCUACGUCCACCGAGACCUGGCCGCCCGCAACAUCCUGGUCAACAGCAACCUGGUGUGUAAGGUGUCUGACUUCGGCCUGUCACGAGUCCUGGAGGACGACCCUGAGGCUGCCUACACCACCAGGGGAGGGAAAAUCCCCAUCCGAUGGACCUCACCAGAGGCCAUCGCCUACAGGAAGUUCACAUCAGCCAGUGACGUGUGGAGCUACGGUAUCGUCAUGUGGGAGGUGGUGUCGUACGGAGAGAGACCCUACUGGGAGAUGUCAAACCAGGAUGUGAUAAAAGCGAUAGAUGAGGGCUACCGUCUUCCAGCUCCUAUGGACUGUCCCGUGGUCCUCCACCAGCUGAUGUUAGACUGCUGGGAGAAUGGCCGCAGUGAACGGCCUAAGUUUGACCAGAUCGUCUCCACCCUCGACGGGCUGAUCAGAAACCCGACCAAGCUUCAGGAGCUGGCCAACAGCUCGGUAUGCAGGGAAGACCCGACCACUCCAGAGUUCACCGUGAGUACAGUGGAGGAGUGGCUGGAGGCCAUUAAGAUGGGUCAAUACAAGGACAACUUCUCCAGCGCUGGAUAUGUCACUCUGGACUCUGUGCUUUACAUCAGCAUCAGUGAGCUUGUUAAGAUGGAUGUGACUUUGGCAGGUCACCAAAAGAAGAUAAUCUCCAGUGUCCAGAGCCUGCUGACCCAGGGGGCCCAUGUCCAAGUAUAACAGUUUCUCCAUAGACACGCUGAGUUGCAGAGCCAAGAUGGAUGCUCUGCUCUGAGUUUACCCACUGAGACACGCUGAGAUUGAGCCAACAUGGACAUCCUGAGUUGGGUUUCCUCAUACAAAAACACUGAGAUGGAGCUGUAAUGGACGCUCGGCUUUGUUACUUCCUCUUCGCAGCUUCACCAUUCCACCCGUCCUGGAUGUUUUGAUAGUAUAGGCACUUCCAGCUUCAGUCCACGCACUUAGAGGCCUAGCAACCCAGCAACCUCAGAAUCCAGUCAACAACUAAGACAUCUCAGACCAUAUAAAAAAAUAUGUAAAAAUACAGUUAGAUUUUAAUUAUCAUCACUGUCUGUGAAGUUUUAUGUAGAGUUUUUAUGGUUGUUUUGUUAUUCGAUUUAUGAUUACCAGUUUUUUAUGUUACACACAGUUUACGGUGCCUGGAUAUAUUGUAUAUGUAUAGAUAAACGUUUACAAGAGCUGUGUGUCUGUCUGACAGUCCUAAACGGAAUAUAACGUUUGUAUCAGUGCCAGGCAAUGCAAGUGGAGUGUUUUUCUUCCUGGUGCAUGUGUUGCCAGGCCCCUCCUCUUCAUCUAAGCCCCACCCAGUGAACGCUGUUUGACAAAUCCUGGAUGUGUGAGGGUUAUAGGAAAAAAACAGUGAAUUGUAAAUGAGAUUAUGAUCUGUUCGUAGUCUCAAAAGACCUACAUUGCAUCUGGCCAGGGAUAGACAAGGCUUCCAUAGCCACUUCUUCCAGACAGUACACAUGAAUAAGAUGCUCUGCCAUCUUUCACUUCGUACAGCCUACAGCUCUGUACCUUGCCAUCAUUAAGAAACACGCAGUACAGUACAGCGUUAGCACAUUAUCUUCCAAGAGAUGGCCUCGUUAGUUAGAGAAGCUGUUACGGUGUGUGGCGGACAAGAAGCAGUGAUGUUGAUAACCUUGUAGCUGUGAAGUUGACACUUUGGAAUGUUUAGCUAUCUGUUCCUCAGACAUUGUGCCAUGUACAGUUAUAUUGCCCUGAAAUAUUGGGCUGAGUCAGACAAGCAGUCUUGGUUGUGAGGUAGACUUGCCUUGAGUAGACUGUGGUGAGUGGUGUUUUCACGUAAUUUUGCCCCCGAUAUGGGUUCAGUCACGGUUUGUGCUAACCACAGUUCAGUCACGGUUUGUGCUAACCACGGUUCAGUCACGGUUUGUGCUAACCACGGUUCAGCUUUUAAUUCAUGGCCCUAUUCAAGUAAAACUUGCUAACAUGAUUUCCUGGAUAAGUUGAAACCUUAAUAUCACGUACUGAACAAAAUAAAGUUUACAAAUGCGAAAUAAAGAAAAUCCAACUGCAUAUCAAUUGCCAACAUGCCCUCUCGCCUCAGAGAGUGAAGAGGGGGUUUAGGACUUCUCCAAGAAAUCUAGAUGGAUGGUUUUGUUAGAAGACGGCUGUCAUUGUGCACUUCACUCCUGUAUGUAUCUGUUUAUGUUUAAGUGUUAUUCUGCUACCCACCUGGACUACCAACGCAGCAACAUAAUACCAUUGUACCAUAGUGUAAAAUAUCUACUGUACAGUGUUGAUUUGAAACUCUAGAAUGUUUGUAACAAUAACGGUGAUGAUGAUUACAGGUGAUUCAUUCUGAAGGAGUUUUUUUGUUUUUUGUGGGCGGGUCACUGGAGAUAGUCGGCGUGUGAUUUGUUGACCUGAUCUAUGGAAUGUACGUUACAUAGCAUGGGUAUUUCUUGGAUUGGCAGGUGACACGGACAACAGAUUUCACUGGGGCCGCCGGCCUGAGGACACUCGACAUUUAGAUGCCUUAUUUACUGUGAUACCUUCCAUUUGUGCUCCCCUCCUACCCCAGUCCUCCUAGAGGUGUUAGGACCACAUCUGUAUAUACUGGCGCUGUUGCUCCUUGGCCGUAAUUCAUAUGACUGAUGCGCUUCUAUACUGCUGCUGUAGGUUCACAUGACUAGAACAGCUCUAUCCUGAAACAACUCUAUCCUGCUGCUGUAGGUUCAUAUGACUGAAACAGCUCUAUACUGAAACAGCCCUAUACUGCUGCUGUAGGUUCAUAUGAGUGAAACAGCUCUAUACUGAAACAGCUCUAUACUGCUGCUGUAGGUUCAUAUGACUGAAACAGCUCUAUACUGAAACAGCUCUAUACUGCUGCUGUAGGUUCAUAUGACUGAAACAGCUCUAUACUGAAACAGCUCUAUACUGAAACAGCUCUAUACUGCUGCUGUAGGUUCAUAUGACUGAAACAGCUCUAUACUGAAACAGCUCUAUACUGCUGCUGUAGGUUCAUAUGAGUGAAACAGCUCUAUCCUGCUGCUGUAUGUUCAUGUGACUGAAACAGCUCUAUACUGAAACAGCUCUAUACUGCUGCUGUAGGUUCAUAUGAUUAAAACAGCUCUAUACUGAAACAGCUCUAUCCUGCUGCUGUAUGUUAAUAUGACUGAAACAGCUCUAUCCUGCUGCUGUAGGUUCAUAUGACUGAAACAGCUCUAUCCUGCUGCUGUAGGUUCAUAUGACUGAAACAGCUCUAUCCUGCUGCUGUAGGUUCAUAUGACUGAAACAGCUCUAUACUGCUGCUUGAACUAAAUUUAAAGAUUUGGUUUAGGAUACAGUACUUUAUAAAGUGAUGAAUUUACAACAUAGUUGGUUUAAAUAAUUUCCAAAGAAAUAUCAUGGAGAUGAACAGUUCCAAACAACUACAUUAAUAACCUUUGUCUUUUUAAUUAGCAGAUUUGUCUCUGAUUGUGUAUCCAAUAAUUCUGUACCACCAACACAUUAUGUAUAGAAGGAAUUAAAGUGCCAGCAGCCUUUUGUGUUGUCAUCAAUUUGAAUAAAAUGUUCCACAAUGGACAUCCAUUUUCCAUUCAGAUUUAGAAAAGCUAAAUUCAGCAGUUGGCAGAGAAAGAUUGAAUUUGGUAAUUUACACUUUGAUAUGGUCCCCAUUUGGCAAGCUGGUCCAUCAUUCUCCAAACAGGAUUCUUAAAUUUUGACCCCAAAACCCUAACCAUUGAACCCAGCCAGGCCCUGAGCCCUUUCAUUUUGGAGUUGGAAAAAGUUAUCCCUAGACUCUGUCCUAAGGUUUUGGUUUAUACUUUUCCUCCCAGCCAGGCCAGUUUUGUAGAUGUUCCCAGACUGAUUCCUACUCCCUGGUCUCUCCGCUUCAUUCCUGCUCAUGGCCUCGUUAUGUUUCCUCAUGCAAGAGUUCUAUGCGCUUGUUCAGAGGGUGUACGCAUUCUAAAGUCCAUGUCGCUGUAAUAAAUAUGCUAAUAUUUUUUAUUUCUCACCUGAA